GGCGAACGCAAGUGCGACAAUAAUGGCAGCGUGGUGAGCAGUCUCAUUACGCAACUUUCACUCGAAUCAAACAGCAUGCAGCCUGCCUUCGAUUCUUGGGCCACCAAAACUUUCAACGCAACGGCGUCCGACCUCACUGGUCUUAUUUUGGGCAAACCCGCCUUUAUCUAUGAAGCCCCCGCUGGGGUCCAAACGAUUUCGGCGGUCGUCAAGUCCGAGUCUCAAGCCAUUGUCGACGCCAUGACGUUCACACAAGUGACCACGGAAAGUGGCGUGAAGGCCCUUAAAGUUGACUUGAAGCAAACCUGGUCCACCACGUUUUGGUACUGGAACGGCGACUUCAUUGUCGACAUCUACGUUCCCAAGCACGCUCUGCAGCUCGUCAACCUCGAUGGUUGUGGCGACGUUGCGCUUUUUCCCAACACGUUGACCACCAGGUCAUUGGGCAUUGAGCUCUCGGGGUCCGGCAGCGUGUUCAUUCAAGACACGUCGUCCCUUACUUUCGACCAUCUCGACUUGGACGUGUCCGGGUCUGGCCGCAUUCAAGUGGACGUUCCUUCGAUCGCAUUGACAGAAUUGGAUGCCAGUCUGUCUGGCUCGGGGGCGAUUGUCCUGUCGACGGCGACGAUCGUGGCCCCAAGUGUGGAAACCGACAUUUCUGGGUCUGGAGAUAUCUACAUCCUCGCGACUAAGGGGUUGAAUGUCACUGCCCAGUUGGCCACGUCGGUUUCGGGGUCCGGGCGCAUCACGCUAGCCGACGCGGGGACGUGCGGCACGCAUGAAGCCGAAUUGAGUGGGUCUGGCUCGAUCCAAGCUGGGUCUAUGGCGUGUCAAAUGGCCGAAGCCAAGCUGUCGGGCAGCGGCAGCAUGUACUUAAGCUCGGCGGUGUCGAUCGAUGUGGAAAAGUCUGGGUCCGGAACGGUGGCUGUGGUCGGUCGCGCCCCCCACCAAGUGACUGGUGCGAUCGAAGUGACGACCUCCAACCCUGUUACACGCGUCGCGUUGGCGGCGUUUCCAGCCCACACUGCGUCACAUUCGUUCAAGUUUGGCACUGGCUUGUUGGUCAUCCUGGGCGUUGUGCUUGUGGUUGUGCUGUUCAUCGUGAUAAAGAAGGUCCGCAACAGGUGCCGCCGACGCCGAGACUCGCAGCAUGAAGAGCCUCAUGCUGCAAUUCCUUACGGUGUCGCCACGACCCCUGUCCCUGUGGUGAUGGUCGAAGUUGUACCGGAAGCCCAAAUUGUCAACGACCCAAAAGGCCCGGAGGAGAAGUUCGUCUAACUGAACGCUCCCACAAUUCAUGAUUUCAAUUAUAAACCUUCAAAUCACUUUAUUACUCAAAAUUCGUGGUCGUGCCGAAAUGGAUAUAUAUGCCCCUCU